CAUCUAGAGGCAGGAAGGAAAAUAACACUGCCGAGGAUGAACGCCAGUGUCGUAAAAACAACACCGCGUGGCCGCAACACUUGACGGCAAAUUGCAAUUUUUAAAUUUAGACAUGGCAUCUUCGUUGAUUUGUAGCGAAACACUGAGCAGAGUGAGCUCAGUGCUCAACAGGGACGUGAAGCAGUAUGGAAAGAAGUACAUGUUUGACUGCAAUGAAGAGACAUGUUGGAACUCAGACCAGGGUGAAUGUCAGUGGCUGUCCUUGGAGUUCCCUACGUCUGUCAGAGUAUCGGAGUUAAAGGUCCAGUUCCAAGGGGGCUUCUCAGCAAAGACAUGCAGGCUAGAAGGUUGCCCUAAAGAUGGAGACUUCACAGUGCUCAGCCACUUUUACCCAGAGGACAACAACUCUCUUCAGAGCUUUCCCAUACAGGAGGCCCCUGCAGUGGACAAAGUAAAAAUAAUGUUUGAGAAUAGUGCUGACUUUUUUGGGAGAAUUAUUGUUUAUUCCUUGGAUCUCUUGGGGGAAAAAGCCUCAUGACCCUUUUUUCAAUCCUCUCAUGAGAGAGGAAAUGACCCUUGAGUGAAGUACAUACAGGAUGCAGGAUGGUGUGGUGGCACUUGGGAAACAUGUCAUCUACACUGCCACCUCAGGAACUGAUGUGAAUGUGGCCUUUUUUGGUAUGAAUGUUAUGGCAGCGUUGCUCUUUCUUACCCGGACAUAGGAACGCUUUGUAUGCGAGUUACAAUAGCAGAUGUGAUGGAUUCGCUGUGAUCAUAUCAGAGCCUUUGUUAUCAGCUUUCUAUAUGUUAUGUUGUGCCUUCAAGUUAAACCCCCAUUCCAGUAUAAAAAUACAUCUUUAUUAAAACCUGUUUACUGCCAAACAAAAUAGUUCUGCUGCACAAGUGUCACAUUCUAAUCCUUAUUUGUACAACAUAUUGCAUACAGAGUGAUGCACACAAAUGGAAUAAACCAGUUAUGAACUGACAAA